GCCAGAUCGCGUAGGGGGACGUUAAGGAUUGUAAUGAUUGUAAGAUGGGAAUAAUAUGUUGCAGGAGAUGGUUUUUUAUAACUGACUAUGAAAGUGUUGUAAACAGUUCGGGAACGCUCCGUAACAAAAGCGCCUUAUUACUCCCAAGGGAAAACAAUAAAGGCAUAUAUAUAUAAAUUGAUAAUGCCGUGUAAUUAAUAUACAAAAUAAAAUUGAAUAUCAUGAUUUGUAGAAUUUUAUUUUGUGUUCCAUAAAAAAUCUAGUUUACUAAGGUUUGUUUAAUGUCAUGUGUCUUACUUGGAGCUGAUUUAAAUCAAUAGUACAGUGUAUAAUCAGAGUACAGUAAAAUAAUACAAGAUAAUCUAUAUAUGCAUAGAUAAAUGUACAAACGUGGACGAGUACGACAUAAAUAAAGGAAUGAAUAACAAAUCAGUAAAUAGCGAUUUAUACCAAGCAGUAUUCCCAAUUUAUCACCUCAGCAAACUGUGCGGUGUAUUUCCAACGAGAUUCAUCGGACAAGUAUCUGGUAGAUAUGAAGGCCGAUUGAGUGUCAUCGAUAGUAUUUACAGUAUUUGUUUACUGACGUGCCUAAUCGGCACCCAAAUUUGGGGUUUUUGGCGCGAUUUGAAAGAUGGAUGGGAGCACAGUAUCCGACUUAAGUCACAAAAUACUGUGAUCGUUACUACCAGCGAUGUAGUAGGCUUAAUGAGUCUCACAGCCGCCUCUAUCAUCAGCUCGAUCCUAUACUGGAAAGACGUACAAACAAUUAUCGAUAAACUAGUCGAUUGCGAUGAGAAGCUGGGAAUUGUCUCUCCAAAGAAGAUUCGGCGAUAUACAAUCUCCUUGACGCUGUGCAGUCUCUUCUAUUCCAUCGUCAUCUCGUGCUUAGAUAUCUACGCAUGGAACAACGAGGUGAAGCUGAACAAGAAACUGAAUGAGAAAGGUCCGAUUAAUUACGUCCCGCUAUAUUUUAUGUACAUAGUCAUCAUGAUGAUGGAAGUUCAAUACGCCGUUGCUGCAUACAAUGUGUACCAGAGAUUCUGCAAGCUUAACAAAAAUCUCGAAAAUAUUUUUAAGUGUGGCAAAAUCACAGAUCAGUUCAGAAAGGAUCUUGGAUUAGGUGCGUGUUACUUACUGUUAUAAUCAAUUAUUUAAAAAAAUUUUUAAUAAUUUUAAUUAGAUGAUUUGGUACAUACAUAUAUGACAUUGUGUUGCCUGUGUACGUAUUACGUAUACUUACAACACAACCAAGUGUCCCCCUCUAAUUUUUAUAAGCUUUGGAUAUAUAUAAAAUCAGAAAUACGUAUUUUUUAUAUGUGCGGUCUCGCA